AUGGAUCAUAAUCAGAAUUGGUAUCGACGUGGUGAACUUAAUUAUGCAACUAGAAUUCGUCAAGUUCUCUCACUUGCUCCUGAUUUUCUUGAAAUCGUAACUUGGAAUGACGCUGGUGAGUCACAUUAUUUUGGAAAAAUCUGGCCAGAUUCCAUAGCUGGUACUAAUAUCCAAACCUAUACCGAUGGUUAUGAUCAUUCAGGAUGGCAAAAGUUGUUACCACCAUUUAUAAAGGCAUAUAAAGCUGGCAUCAAAGAUGUUUCCAGUUUAAUACCAUCGGAUGGAAAAGCAGUGAGUGGUGUGUUCUGGUAUCGACCGUUAUUAAAGUCGGCAUCUUGCAUUAAUGAUUUUAUGGGAAAACCGCGUGGAUGGAUGAAUGCUGAAGAUAGUUUUAAUUUGGUGGUAUUGGCAGACUCACGUGCGAGUGAGUACACAAUUAACAUCUACAGUGGAUACGAUAUGCUUGCGUGGUAUCGUCCUGUGCAAGGUUUAAACUCAUGGAGCAUUCCUGGAUUACGAAUUGGAUCACAAAGCAUAGAAAUUGUGGAUAUUAACGGACGGGUCAUAGCAAGUGGAAAGGGAACAAUGACUGUUAUUGGAGAUAUGAGUCAUGGAGUUUGUAAUUAUAACUAUCAAGUUGUUGGUUUUUAA